AUGCCACGAGAGGAGGAGUUCCUGGCACAACGGCAUGUCCACCAGUUGCAAAUGUACCAGGCUCAGAUGGCUACAGUUGGCAUGGCAGGAUCAGAUAAACAUCGACCACUUUCCAGGACCCCAUCUUCCCCCACUGACUCCACAUUACCUCACCCAGACAUGGACCAGCCCAGCCAGCAUAUCUACACAACUGGUGUUGUGUAUGACAGUCUGAUGCUGAAGCACCAGUGCAUGUGUGGGAACUAUGCCAACCACCCCGAACACGCUGGGAGAAUCCAAAGCAUCUGGUCAAGGCUGCAAGAAACUGGGUUGCUAAACAAGUGUGAGCGAAUUCGAGGUCGAAAAGCCAGUCUGGAGGAAAUACAGCUGGUUCACUCUGAACAUCAUUCACUGCUGUAUGGCACCAGCCCACUGAACAGACAGAAGCUGGACCCCAGGAAACUCCUAGGAAAUGUGUCUCAAAAACUCUUUUCCUUGUUGCCUUGUGGGGGACUUGGGGUGGACAGUGACACCGUUUGGAACGAGCUGCACUCGGCCGGGGCGGCACGCAUGGCGGUGGGCUGUGUCAUCGAGCUGGCGGCCCGCGUGGCCUCCCGGGAGCUGAAGAAUGGCUUUGCUGUUGUAAGGCCCCCAGGCCAUCAUGCUGAAGAAUCAACAGCCAUGGGGUUCUGCUUUUUUAAUUCGAUUGCAAUUACUGCCAAAUACUUGAGAGACAAGCUAAAUAUAGGCAAGAUAUUGAUUGUAGAUCUGGAUGUUCACCAUGGCAACGGUACACAGCAGGCUUUUUAUGCUGACCCCAGCAUCCUGUAUGUUUCCCUCCAUCGCUAUGAUGAAGGCAACUUCUUCCCCGGCAGUGGAGCCCCAAAUGAGGUUGGAAGUGGCCCUGGUGAAGGCUAUAACAUAAAUAUUGCUUGGACAGGUGGCUUGGAUCCUCCUAUGGGUGAUGUUGAGUAUCUCACAGCAUUCAGGACUGUGAUUAUGCCAGCUGCCAACGAGUUUGAUCCAGAAAUUGUCCUGGUGUCAGCAGGAUUCGAUGCUGUGGAAGGCCACGACCCUCCGCUGGGCGGGUACAAAGUCACAGCUAAAUGUUUUGGUCACCUUACCAAGCAAUUGCUGAAGCUGGCUGACGGCCGUGUGGUGCUGGCACUGGAGGGAGGACAUGACCUUACUGCCAUCUGUGAUGCCUCUGAAGCCUGUAUAAAUGCCCUCCUAGGAAAUGAGCUGGAGCCUCUCCCGGAAGAUAUUGUGCACCAAAUCCCCAAUAUGAAUGCAAUAGCUUCUUUAAAAAAGACCACUGAAAUUCAAAGCAAGUACUGGAAGUCAGUGGAGCCAUACUCUGUGCCAGUGGAUUGUGCUCUGGCUGAGUCUCAGAAGCAGGAGAGGGAGGAGACAGAAACAGUAUCAGCUAUGGCCUCUCUUUCAGUGGAUGUUGAGCAGUGUAUUCCUCAGGAAGGCAGCAGAGCUGCUGGUGAGCCCAUGGAAGAAGAGCCAGCCUUGUGAAGUGCCAAGUCCUCCCUGAUAUUUCCUGUGGGUGACAUCAUUGUGUAUCCCCCAAAGCACCCUCAGACAUGUCUUGUCUGCUUCUUGGGUGGCACAGAUCAGAUGGAACAUAAACACUGGGCACAAAACUCAGAGUAGCAGCUUCACUUGUUCUUUGGAUGGACUUGAAAGAGCCUGAAAGAUUCCUUAAAUGUAACCGCCACAAUUCUAGAGUUACAGUAAAACGGACUUGGGAGAAAGAGCCCAGAGCAUGCUUUUUUAAUGCUGUUUGACCCACUCACCAACACAAAUUGUGAAAUAGAGUGUUGCAAAAUUCUACAUGAUAGAUUAUAGAUAUGAGAAACGCAGCAGCCAGCAACAUACUCUGUGAACUCCGUGAAUCACUUUCUGACACUUUUUACUGGAUAAUUUUUUUCAUACUGUGUUAAAUUGUUAAUAGAAUUUGUUUUCUUUGCUCCGUGUAAUGAAGAAAAAACCCCCCACCCUUAUUUUAUGUGCCAUUUUUUAACCUCCUGUAAUGAAUUCUUAGCUGAAUAAGUGAAAAGCGUUUAAAUUAUGAUGAGGGAUUUUAGCUAAAGGGAAAGCACUUCUUAUUGUACUAUAAAUCCCCUGAAGUACUGUGCUUGGUGGUGCUUUAUUUUCUCUUCCCUAUUCCUGGCCAUCUCUCCCCAUUUCAUGUAAUCUUUUCUAUCAUAAAAACACAUUCACGAUUCUCUAAAAUGAUCUUUUGCCUUUAAGAAAAAGUGCUGUACCCUCUGUAGUUGACAGUAGCGCUCACCAUAUGUGCAGCAGAGAUCAAGUAUGGAUAGUUUUUCAAACGUGUUUUUGGUUUGUUCUGAAAUGUUUCUGCGUUCUGACUCCAAAGCAGCGACCUUCAGUAACUGCGUGCAGCUCAUUUGAAGCUCAGGUGUUUCUGUGGAGGUUGUGGGGGAGUGUUUUUUACAGGUCGUGUCGUGAAUACAAACUGAUUCUUUUAUGUAGUCCUGCACCAAGAGAACUGAUGUUGCUUCAGAAGCUUCAAAGGGUUUAGGCUUUAUUUUAGAUCCCUGAAGUGCAGCAAGAUCUCCCUGCAAUGUGACUUUAGCUGUUUAAUUCCAUGUUUGAGAACGUAACAUAGAGUUGUGCCUUUAGCUGAAAAUGAACGCUUAAACUGUUACACGUGUUGCCUUACUGUCAGAGAGAGAGAGAGAGAGAGAGAGAGAGAGAGAGAGAGAGAGAAAUGGGGCAUGUAUGUAAGAGUACUUCAAAUGAACAAAACUCUGCUACAGUAACUUUUAUUUUGUUUACAGCCUUCUCACCUAAUGAACCCCAGGAGAUACCUUGAAGUAUUCAGCUUGCAGUGUUUGAUAGCUUGCUCAGCUUUUAAAAGCAAGUGAUGUUCAUUUUUUUAUAUAUUUGCCAAAUUCAAAAAAGAAAAAAAAAAGAAAGGAUAUAUAUUAAAGCCAUAAGUGAAGACUGUCAUGCUUUUUAUUCUGAAAUCUGAAAGGAACCUUAAUUAAAACAAGAUUUUGGGGAAGGCCAUGAUAUGAAAGAUAUGGAACAAUAUGGUUUCAGUUAUAGGCAGACUCAAACCUGUAAAUCAAAGAUGAAAGAUUUCACUCAAAUAGAAUUAUAUAAUUCUCUUUUGUUAUGCAGUCAGACUAUAUCUUUCAUGCAUUUGGGUUUGUUUACGAUUAGCAUUUUAAUUUUAAAGACUUUUAUUACUUAUACCAAACUCCUCACUACAAGUUAGAAAUCUGAGGCAUGCUUUGAAAAGGGAAAUCUAAAAAAAGGGAUGUCAUUUCCUAUAAUGUGGAGUAAACUUUUAUUCUGAAAGGUUUACUCUGGAAUGAAUGUAUACCCCUUAGAAAGGGAAAUAAAAUUCUGACCCUCAGAAAGUGAAAUAAAAUUCUACCCCCCAUUUACAAGCCAAAACCAUGCUCAUUUUAGUAAUGCAAAGAGUCCCAUCAGGCUAAAUUAACUCCUGGUGUAAGCCACCUUGCCUGACUCUGGGCUGUUCUGAAGGGGUUUUUCACAUGACUAAAGCAAUCAAGAGUUCCUCCUGCAUUUUCAGCAGACUUCUGAUGGCAAUCUUACUUGCCAUUUACUGCAAUUUUGUUAUGGUCAUCAAAGAAAUUUCCCUUCGAGGAAACCAAGGGCUAUAGCUGAUGAGUUGGGUAAUUUGUAGAGCUUUUCACAUUUUGAAAUCAUGGCUGCAAAAUUUUAAUUGAGUGCAUAGUAUUAUUGUUUUAAAAUUAACCCUAAAAUCUGUUUGUGCUCUUAGCUUGCAUGAACUUGCAUAUGAAUUGCAACCUGAAAUGUGAGUUUCCAGCUUUUUCAAUCAAACUAUGUCUUCUGGGGUGCAAAUCAGCUAAAGCUGUCUUUCUUAGCUGAAAAUGCUUUUAAAAUGCCAGAAUAAUUUGAAUUAAACCACAUUAUAAACUCACACUUACACAUUUGUACAGAUGUAGUCCCAGGCAGAUAUCUAGACACGCUGCUGGUUGAAGUUAGGAUCGUUUGGAUAAACAAGUGUGCUAAUAAACUGCACACAGAUUGUGUCCAGAACUCUGUUCUGACUGAAGUCAACAGCAAAGUCUUCUUUGAUUUCAAUGGGAGAUGGAUCAGCCCCUGCUUUUCUUUUCCCCUUUAAGUCAAGAACACCAUUGCUUUUUGAUUAUGUCAUUCCUAGGCAUCUUACAGCCCUCUGGGAAAUGAUUGAGGCUUAUGGUGAAUAUCAACACUUCCUUCAAAGCAGACCUGGGCUUUCUGAGAGGGCAGUUUCACUUGCUGCUGUUUUCUUCUCACAGUAUUUUUUAUUACUGUCAAUAGCUCCCCAUGGACUGGAGUUAAAAUAUCUUCCAGCAAUUUUAGUCAUAGUUCUAGGGAAAUAUUCACAUAGACACUCUUAAAAGUGCCCAGUUUUAACUGGAUUCAGCGUCAGAUUGCAAGAAUUUCAGAAAGAUGCAUGAAUUUUGUGCUUCAAAUGUAAAAAUUCCAAUUUUUGAGGAGAUAUCAAAGUCUCAUGUCUCCCACAGACCUUUCCCACUGUGCUAGAGAGAUUGACACCUUUGAAAAUUCAGUCCCAUAUAUUUCAAGUUGUCUGCCAAAAUAUCUAUGUCUGAGCUUAGAUUACAUCUACAACUGAGCUGAAAAGCAUAAACAAGAUGGGGUGAGGGUGGUUUCUGUGUGUGAUUCCGUGGGGAAGGUGAAGCUGAGGAGGCAGCAGGGAGCACUCAGUCCAGGGUGACCCUCUGCCUGGUCCUGGUGGUAUGAUGGUUGCAGGCAGACAGGAGGACAUCCCACGGUACCUCCAUUCCAGGCUGCCACUGCCAUUGGCAGCAAAUCUUUGCCUCAUGGGGGAAUCCUGCAGUAAUUUGUGCUCUGCCCCUGCACUAAUCACCAGCCACCAGAAGGAGAGAUGCCUCAGCAGCGACUCCCAGUAACAUGCUUGCUCUAGUUAAUUUUCUUCUCUAGCAUUAGGAACAAAGUAUUAAGCUCAGUUGAGCUUCUCUUGUAUUACUGUGCUUUUCUUGUACUUUUCUUGUAUUCUUAGGUCCUUCAGUUCAUAGUACAAACUGAAACCUAAAAAGAGACAUGACUCAGGAGAUCGAGAAAAGAAUGAUUUUUUUAUCCAGCUUAAGCCUCUUACCUGGGGCUGGAGUAAGAACAGUGAGGAACAGCAAAUCUCAAAACUGCUUAAAUCUUCAUGAGUGUCUUGCACUUCAUUUUUGGACUCUGUGGAAGAAUUCUGUAUAUGCUCAUUUGGUUUUAAUAUAAUUUGCAGCUUGAUUAUAUGAUCUCUUUUCAGGCAACAUUUCUAGUGGGUAAUCAAAGUUCGUGGGAAUUUUGCCAGUAUGAAGAUGACAGAAUUAUUCCCUUUUUUUAACCUUCCUAAUUUUUCUUUCAGUGCAAAUGAAGCAACUAAUUCAAAAUAAGUGAAUCUGAGAAAAAUAAAAUCAUUAAGCUAUCUUAAAUAAAUAUCAUAAAAGAAAUGGAAAAUUUUAUGCAAAUAAAGAUGGCAAUGCCUUUACUUUGCAAAAAAAGUCAACAACAUGCUGCAGGCUGAAUAUAAGCGGCAAAACAAGCUCCUCUGUGGAUAUGUGGUAUUUUAGUUGGUGUCUUAUCUAAGUGCAGCCUCUCUGAAAAGCUGAGAGUCAUAACCGGAGAUGAAAUAUUAGAAAGGUUUUGCUGCAGCCAACACCAGAGAUCCUGUAGAGAGCAAGAAUGUAGAGACUGACUAAUUUUUGUAGACAGACAGCAGGACACUUUCAGGGCAAUGUGUCUGGGACAAAGAAUUAGAGGGAACUUUUCCAAAGGCACUGAUGGCUGUAAAACAACUAAUCCUGUUAGCUUGCAGGGGCAAGGAGGUGCUCAGCAACCACUUAUUCUUUGGGAAAUGUCCCCUCUGUCCCACCAGCACGCCCAAACUCAUGCAGAUGUGAACCUGGCUUGGCUAUUUUUUCUCCUAAGCAGCAGCAGCAGCAGCCACCAUGUGUGCUGAUGUGUGUGCUGUGCAUUUGCCCAAGAAGUUCUCAGCCCCCAGCAGAAACUUCAUAACAUGACUGAUAGAGGAAUUUUUUUUCCUCAAUAGUGGCCUUUCCAGAAGCAAAGCAGUGCAUGGUUGUAUUAUUUUUAAAGGUCACAAUAGAGCUUUGUGAACCAUUACACUUUUUUUUUUUUUUUUACAGACUCCAUGUGGAAGUAAAACAGAUUAUGUACCUGGGGAGGGGGGGUGUAGUGUGUGGAACCUGCCACAGGAAAGGAUCUCUCUUAAAUCAAAUUUCUGCUACUUGCUUUUUAUCCUGGAUUUGAAGGAGUUUGGGUUCUAAAUUAUCAUUUAAGAUCUUUCUUUGUCAUGUCACUUGCUUUGUUUUUGUACAAGGGUAAAUGAAUUCACCCUUGUAAAGCAAAGAAAACCAUCUGAAAAAAGGCUGUUUUCUGACAGAUUCCCCGGCCCUUGGUGUGGGAAUGAGAAUAGCUUAUCUUUGCCACUUCUCGCAGCAAUUAAAUGCUUCAUUUUUGUAACAGAUCCAAACUGCAGCAGUAUUUUAAGAGUACUAUUUAGCUGGCUGUCUGCUGACUGUUAAAAAAAGAAAUUGUGAAACUUACAUUCUUCUCUAACCUCAAAAGAAACCCAUUUUGAUUUUAACAAUGUCAUUUUUUUCACUUGAUCCAAAAGGGUUUUGUCCCAUGAGAUCUUGUUACUAGCUCAGUUCUAAUCACUAGUAAAUCACACUCUACAGAAAGCAAAGACCAAAAAGGAUGGAUGUUCCAGCAACUCUCAGUUAUGUCUCUUCUGCACAAUCCUUCAUCCUGCUCCAGUGCCAUGCUCUGUGGUUAAGAAUGUUAGCAUAGAUUACAGCAAAAUAUAAAUUGUUCUGCACCAUCAAAGAUGCUGCUCUUUGGAUGUCAAUUAGCACUCUGUGAGCUGUGCUGUCAUGUAUAAGGGCUGUGAUUUGUGACAAAGACAUGCUGCUGUGGGGAUGGUCUAAAGACAAGGGAUGCAUGCAGGCAGUGGCACUGGUGCUGUGUGGUCAGAAGGAUUCUGUGCCAAGAUCUCCACACAUCCCCCCUUUUGAUGGUAUGCCUGCAUGACCAGAGGCACAUUUGCAGUAGCAGAGCCAUGGGAUGUCCUGAUUCCAAGACCACUUAAAUCCCACUAACAGGCUUUGGGUAAUUGGGAGGCAGCUAGAGGAGGAACCCAAACUCUGCACUCAGCCACACAAAACUGUCUAAAAAGCCCAGGUAAAAGAUCUGAGCUUGCCCUCACAUAAUUUUUUCAGAUAUGAAGUGCCAGUUCUGCUCCUAGAAAAGUAUGUCUGAAAGAAAAUUUACUCUGCUGGAUCUAUUAUACUGGCUUCCUGAGCGUGUGCAUAGGUCAUGUGUUAGGGGAACAGGUUCAUACUCAUGUCUCUUGCUGCUUAGUUUACUGCUAUUUUAAAUUUCAUGAUUGGCUUAAUAUUCCAAGUUAGGAUGCAGUAGGAAAGCCUAAAGCAAUACCUGGUGAAGACAUAACUGAGGCUUUCAAAGCAAGCUUACUGCCAUGGGUUUUUACAAGACUGACUUUUUGGUCUAGGGAUACACAGCUGAAAUGUCUAUUUUUUUCAUAGGAAAUUGAUGUUGCUAUCUGUUUCCAUGAUAAAAACCAGUCCUUUUGCUCAGAGUUCUGAAAGUUUAUCUGUAAUUUGUCUUUCCAGGCAGAGCAGAUUAUAAAGGAUAAAGCAUCAGUGCGACUGACACAAAGGGCAACAUUUUUAAAGGUCGAUAGUAAUAUUUCCAUAAGAGUAAAAGGAACCAUUGUUAUUAUUCCUGAUACAUUUUUGUAUCUGCAAGUAUCCAAUGAGUAAUGUUAAGUAAUAUUGUGCUCCAGAACUUUGUUGAUUAUAGAUAUAUGAGCAUUGGAUUGGCGUGAAAUAGUCUUCAACCAAGUUGUUAAAAUCCCUUUUGUUUUGUGUUUUGUAUAAUUCUUUGGCUAUAGUCUUGUCCUAGUGUUAAUAAAA